AUGUCUCUACCUUUUGAUUCGUAUCGUGUCAUAGCUCAAUUAACGACAUCAUCACCCAGUUUAGCCUUGGCGACAUGCAAUUCAACUCUUUGUAAAUCGCCAUCUUUGCCGUGUUCUUCGAAUCUCGAUUGUGAAUGCUUUUCAUUGACCAAAACUGUUAAUACAACUACCUCAGGCAUCUGUGGUGUUGCUGGUCUUUCCUGCACUUCAAUGGUUCGAUGUAAUUCAGACAAUGUUACAUGUUCGAUCGCACAAACAAUUUGUGUUAACAGUACACGAUGUCAACAACCUGUUUGCUAUCCAAUGCCAUUGGCUAAUAUUCAAAUAUGUCCUCCCUCAACUCGUUCUACUAGUACAGCAACAACUUCUAGAACGAGUUCUACUACAAUACGAACGACAACAAAAACUUCUACAAAAACUUCUACUACAAUAAGAACCACAACAAAGACUUAUACAACAACUUCUACUACAAUAAGAACCACAACAAAGACUUAUACAACAGCUUCUACAACAAUUGGUAAGAAUAAACCACACGGUUUUCCUUCUAAAUCUUGA